AUGAAUCUUUUUCCGAAAUCAGAAAAAGAAAGUUCGGAUGCUGAAAUGAGUGCGUAUAAAAAUUCACUUUUCCAUCUUUUCACAGCAAUAUUAUGCAUAAUUGUUGUUAUAUUAUUUCCGAAUAAGGAAAAGAAGCGUUCUAGAUUCAUUGAUAUACCAAAUUACGAUAUAUGCUAUACGUUAGAGCCAAAUUUAUCGCGGAGAUAUAAGCAUUUCGGAGGAUUUUACAGAGAUAUAGAUAAAGGAUUAUUAAACUGUCAAUUAGAGCUAGAUCCAGGGGAUAAUGAUCCUAAAAUUCUUGUUUUGGGUACGUCUGGAAUGAUAGGGAUGGCUGUAGAGCAAGAAAUAAAAGCGCGCAAGUUAAAAUACAUUGCAAUCAAGUCUCGCUUACAUAUAGAUAUACUUAAUCCGGUUUUUCCACGGUUCCUAUCCGGAAGCAACAUAUAUCUCGUAAUAAAUUGUGCAAAUAAUUCAAAACAACACAUAACUAUCAUUAAAUCAGCUACAAGAAAUGUUCCCAUUAUCUCCUUUGUUCAAAGUUUUGACAGACAUUCCGAUGUAGAGAUAUACAUUCCCAAUGUUUUUGGUCCUCAAAUUCAUAAGCCAAUAUCAAGCCAUAUCACUCGAAAUAUAUAUCAUUGCUUAAUACAUGGAGGUGCUGAACGGCUCAGCGAUGAUGUUUUCGUUUAUUCAAAAGAUGUCGCGAAAUAUACUUUAGAUAUAAUACAAAAUACUACUAAUUUAUCAGGUAAAAGCUUCGAGCCAAACUUGCCAACUUAUACAGGAUCAGAAUUAUAUACCUAUAUGUCUGAAUUAAUGCCAACUUGUAAAAUUGAUUCAAGUCAAGACGUUUUAUCAGUAGAAGGCCAAAGAAAGCUCAAAGAAACAUAUGAAUACGUUAAAAACAGACUUGAGACGGUGACCACUGACCCUUAUAUCACUUAUAUUACUACAAUUUCUCAUCAUAAGCCAAUAAUUGAGAGAUUUAAACAGGCAUAUUCAUAUAAUAACUGGAUAGCAGAGAAUUACUAUGACUCAGCAUACGAGUUCAUAGUGAUUUACGCUCCAAUGGAGCCUUCUCCGAAAUUUGACGAAAUAAUUCAACUUCCAGAGCCAUUAAAGUCUCAUACAAAGGUUUUAGAACUUGAUUAUAGAGAUGUUGUUAAAUUGCGCGAUGAAAUAAACAGUUCUUUCCCUGAUUUUCCACUCCGAAAUCUUGGAGUAAGAAAUGCGAGGUCAGAAUUCAUCAUUACAGGGACAUCUGAUGUUACUUUGCCUCCAGGGUUCUUCGAAAUCGCUCAUUGCAAGUGCCUGGCCCGUCAUGAAUGGAUAAGAACAAUGAGAUUGGAACUUUCUAAUACAACUGUUGAAAAAAUGAAACAAUCUCUUUAUGUAAUCAAAGAUUUAAGACAACAGUUCCAAUUUUUCAUCAAUAUUCCUCAUAGGCUUUGGUUUGAUUCCGUCGGAAUGGAAGCUUCUGGUGAUUUUGAAGGUGGAGACAAGAAAAUGUGGGAAUUAGUUAAUGGUUUCCUCCAAAAUGGAAUGAACUGGAACGUUGAUACUGUUCUAUCUUUUGAUUGGGCUGCAAACUUGUGUCCUCAGCUAUCUAUAAUGCUUCCUGUCGGUUUUCACAUGUCUCAUAACAAGACAUCUCAUUUGACAAGGGGAUUUAGACUGUUCGAGCCAGAUGUCUAUUAUAGAUUCAUGCAUGGAAGAGCAACAAAGUUGAUAAAUGAGUAUAAAAGACCAACUUGGGGAAGAUUUAACUUCAAAUAUGGAAAUUACAGCGGAUGGAAGAUAAAUUAA